AGGCUAUUAUAUUACAAGAUAAAUCUACUAAAAUCAAAUUGUCAAGACAGGCCCGCACAUAUAAAAAUAAAAAAUUUAAGAGUGAGCAAAAACAAACCAAGAUGCUUCAUAACUCAAAUAAUAACAUUCUUUCAGUAAUCGAUAAUAUUACUUUUGAUCCAUCUCAG